GUUUUUUGAAUUUUUAAAAUGUCAACACUAAAUGCAUUAAAUUUUUAGUAAUUAUUUACUGUUCAUUUGUUCUGUAAUAUAUGAGAUGUAUAUUCGUUAUGUCUAACAAACUCAUUUGACAAAAUGCAUCUAUCGAGAAUACCUGCGGUGGCAGGUACAUACAUGAGAAGUCCCACUUUUGGUUCUUUAGUUUUUAAACAAUCCUGGCCUGUGAACAAUUCAUUAAGCUAUACAAUAGUUAGAUGUAAACAUAGAAAAUCUAUCUACAAAAGGGAAGAGGCUAAAAAGCUACGCUUUUAUGUUGUUACAAAAUAUGUUGAAUAUUUAAAAAAUUUUGAUAAAGUUCUAGCAAAAAACUUCCCUGAAACUGUACAAACUUAUAGACUGUUUAUAGAUGGAACUAAAGAGUUUAUUAAAGAUACCAAAGAAUAUUUCAGGAUUAUUAGGAUACUAAAUACACCUGGAAAAAGUUUUGCUAAUUUACUUAGAAGAGAAAUGGAAUUAUAUCAACAGAUGCCAAAAGAUAUGAAAAAAGUAGCCCCAGUGUUAAUUAUAUUCUCUAUACCAUUUGGAUCUUAUGUGAUUUUACCUUUAGCAUAUAUGUUUCCCCGUUACUUACUAUGUUCCCAUUUUUGGAAUUUAAAACAAAAGUCAGAAUAUCAAAUAUUAAGUUUAAAGGAUAGAUUAACUCAUAAUAGACCUAUUUUUCGACAUUUGCAAAGUCAGAUGUAUUUUUUGAAACCGCAUUGCCUUUACAAGUCUUGGAAAGAAGUAGUUGGUAAAGUAGGCAGUGGUGUGCAUCCUACUGUCGGCGAAAUUGCUAAAUGUAAACAACUCUUUAUGACUGAGCCUUACCAUCUCCUUUAUUUAAGCAGCAAUCACAUAGUUCAUCUUUUAAAAAUGCAUGACAUGUCAGUAGGCAUAUUUUUCAGAAGGAGUAGAUUGACUGAAAGAGCUUAUAUUUUAAAAGAAAUGGAUAAAGCAAUAAUAAGAGAAGGUGGUGUACAUAAUUUACCUAUAGAUGCUCUUAAGAAGGCUUGCUACAUUCGAGGUUUAAAUCCAACUAAUAUGAAAAAUGAAGAAAUGAUAAAAUGGCUAACUGAUUGGAUUCAAUUGUCAUCCCAUGUUGAUAAAGAUUCAUACUCUCUACUGCUUCAUGCACCCGUAUUAUUAAGCUACAAUGCACCUUCAAAUUGGAUGCUUAUCUAUAAGGAAAAAUACGAUUAAAACCUAUAUAUUGCAUAUUUUAAUAUGUUACAUAAAAUGUGUAAUUUUUUACUUCAUGUAGUAUUACAACUCAUCACCAAAAGUUGGAAAUAAGAGAUUUUUGGAAGUACAUAGAUUUAUAACUACUUGUUUCAGUAUUUUGAUUAAAUAAGUUUGUAAAUGUGUUCUAAAUUACACAGAUCUUAUUCUUGA